AUGAAGGAAGAGGCUGUAUAUCCCUCAACAAGUCCCGAGGCGUCAUCCUCCUCGCUCACGCCAGGCGGCGGACCGCCGAAGAAGAAACAGAAGAGAAACAAACCUACUCUGAGUUGCGAAGAAUGCGUCGAGCGUAAGACCAAAUGUGAUCGCAGUCGACCUCAUUGUCUGGCGUGCAUCAAGAGACAGUCAGUAUGUAAAUACUCAGUCAUAGCGAACUUGAUUGCAACAUCCCAAGAUGGCGAUGGCGCUGCGCGUAACUCGGGACGACCUAGAAAGCAGCAGCAGAAACCCGCACAACUCCAGCUUGGCAGCGACACGCAGUCUCAUCCACUUCCUCUUCAGGCACAUGCUCAGGUGCCAACACCAGUAAGGGCGCAAUAUCGCAGCGUGUCUCUUUCGUCGUCUGGAUCAUCGCCGUUUCUGUUGUCCAAUGUGCCAUUUUCGAGCAGAGCUCCACAGCCAUUCUUUGGCCUUGGCUCUGAACAUCCCUUCGCCAACUACUGGACCAGUCGCGGCGGCAUAGCUGAAGUUGUGGGUGUAUUGCCCGCGAAGGAGCAAGCCGAUAUUCUUGUCGAUAAGUAUUUCGAUGCUGUAGAUCCCGUAUAUCCUAUGAUACAUCGGCGGAACUUCUAUGCUGACUAUGAGCGCUUCUGGGCAAUGUCGCCAGAAGAGAGGCAGGUUGCUGACCCGGUAGUGGUUGCCCUGCAUUUUGUGGUGUAUGCUAUGGGUACCCAGUUCAUUCACACACCUUCCAAUCAUGAACGAGCGCAGAUAGCGGAGUUUUACGUUUCCGCGGCGCAGCAGGCCCUGAGAUUGUCGUCGUACCUGAGCAGAGCUUCGGUCAGGACGUUGCAGGCCAUGGUACUUAUAGGGUAUUUCCUUAUGAACGACAAUCACGCUUCUGAUGCCUGGGCAUUCGGCGGUGUCCUAGUACGACAAGCAUAUGCAAUGGGUCUACACCGAGACCCAGAUGUCAUAGCAUCUCGUUGUUCACGAAGCGACAAACAGCAGCGGCGCAAGCUCUGGCAAGCCAUCUUCUUUCAAGACACCUUCCUCACGGUCUUGCUUAAGCUUCCACCAACAACGACGUUUUCCGACGUGCGGCCCGAAUCUUUAGGAGAUGAGCUUGAUGAUUAUGCCAUGCCGAAUGGAUCUUCAAAUGGCAGCACCGACACUGCUAUCAACCCUAUGAGCAUUACCCAUAUCGCCUCAAUCAAAGAUGUAUAUCCUACAUACGAACUUGCUGAUCGCCGCUACAUUCGCUCCAUGUGGCACAUGGCCAACCUCGUCUCCCGCACGGUCUGCAUGCCUCGCUCGCUGUCCACACCGCUUACCACUUCCCUUGCACAAAAAAUGGCGCUUGUACAAGAGUACUUUGAUUUGCACCGCAGUUUCCCUCCGGAGCUGACUGCCUCCGACGACGCUACGAUCCAGAAGAUGGCCCUAUCUUCCCCUCGCUCCUUACGGCAGAACCUAUUUUUCAGGAGCAACUUCUGGCAUUGCGUCAUGGUCAUACAAAGCGACGAAAACCCGACCAAGGGAUAUACAUGCGAGGUCAAAGGCUGCCUUGAGGCCGCGAGAAUGGCGGUGCGGAGUUUCUUCCAUUUUUGGGAAUAUCUUAGGAUCGAUGCGAGUGUGUGGUGGGUGUUUCAGCAUAGAGCUUUUGAGGAAGCGCUCCUCAUAGCGCGCAUCCUUGGGCAACAGGAGCAGCCAUUAUCGCCUGGUCAUAACGGGCCUCCGAGCACCGACCCUUUACUAAGGCUUGCGAAAGAGGAUGCGAGGAAGUGCCUUGAGAUCUUGGAUUUGGUAGGCAUUGCGCCUGAGAUGCAGAAGACGCGGACGGAGGUGUUGAGGACGGCGUUUGCGGACAUCCUGUGGUGA